GUGUACUGCAGAGUGCGGCCGCUCAGCCGCCCAGACCAGGAGUGCUGUAUCGAGGUGAUCAACGAGACCACGGUGCAGAUCCACCCGCCCGAUGGAUACAGGAUAUUCCGCAACGGAGAGUACCGGGAGACGCAAUAUUCAUUUAAAGAAGUGUUUGGCACCCUCGUUGUUCAGAAGACACUUUUUGAUGUGGUGGCUAAACCUCUAGUGGAAGAUCUCAUUCGUGGGAAAAAUGGUCUCCUUUUUACAUACGGUGUGACAGGCAGUGGGAAAACCCACACCAUGACAGGAUCUCCUGGUGAUGGAGGACUUCUCCCACGGUGUUUGGAUAUGAUCUUCAACAGCAUAGGACCAUUCCAGGCCAAGCGAUUUGUUUUUAAGCUUGACGACAAGAAUGGUGUGGAUGUUCAGUGUGAAGUAGACGCUCUAUUAGAGCGCCAGAAAAGAGAUGCCAUGCCUGUUCCAAAAACUCCAUCUGGCAAGCGACAAAUAGAUCCGGAAUUUGCUGAUAUGAUCAACGUGCAAGAUCACUGCAAAGUGGAAGAAGUUGACGAAGAUAACGUCUACAGCGUCUUCGUCUCCUAUAUUGAGAUCUACAACAACUACAUCUAUGACCUCUUGGAGGAAAAUCCCUUUGAGCCUAUAAAACCCAAGUGGAACAAUUGCAACACUCCUGUGCGAAAUGGUGACUUUAUACCUCCGCAGUCCAAAAUCCUUCGUGAGGACCAGAACCACAACAUGUAUGUCACAGGAUGCACAGAAGUAGAGGUGAAAUCUACAGAGGAAGCUUUCGAAGUGUUUUGGAGAGGUCAAAAGAAGAGGCGUAUUGCAAACACGCAGCUGAACCGAGAGUCUAGUCGCUCUCACAGUGUUUUUAUAAUCAAGUUGGCUCAGGCACCUCUGGAUGCAGAUGGAGACAACGUGCUCCAGGAGAAGGAACAGAUCACUUUAAGCCAGCUGUCUUUGGUUGAUCUGGCUGGCAGUGAAAGGACAAACAGAACAAAAGCUGAAGGGAGCAGGUUGCGAGAAGCAGGUAAUAUUAAUCAGUCCCUAAUGACAUUAAGAACAUGCAUCGAAGUUCUACGGGAAAACCAGAUGUAUGGAACAAAUAAGAUGGUCCCGUACAGAGAUUCCAAACUGACUCAUCUCUUCAAGAACUAUUUUGAUGGGGAAGGGAAAGUGCGUAUGAUUGUGUGCGUUAAUCCUAAAGCUGAGGACUACGAGGAAAGCUUGCAAGUCAUGCGCUUUGCGGAGAUGACGCAGGAAGUUGAAGUUGCAAGACCCGUUGAUAAACCCCUCUGUGGCUUAACGCCCGGGCGGCGCUUUAAGAAUCAGGCCUUCAGAGAGGAGCUCUCGCGGAGAUUGGAGAUGCGGGGUGGCCCAAUAAGUGGAGAAACAGAAGAGCAAUCUGUUUCAGAAACAUUUCUGCAGAACUUUCCUCCGUUGCCUUCGUGUGAGCUAUUGGAUGUUAACGAUGAUCAGACACUUCCAAAGCUUAUUGAAGUCCUGGAAAAACGCCAUAAACUGCGACAAAUGUUGACAGAGGAGUUUGCCAAAAACGUGCUUGCAUUUAAAACAAUGCUGCAGGACUUUGACUCCAGCGUUGUAUCCAAGGAAAACUAUAUUCAAGGAAAACUGUCUGAAAAAGAGAAAACAAUAGCGGGACAGAAAACGGAGCUAGAACGGCUGGAGAAGAAAAUUAAAACGUUGGAAUACAAGAUUGAGAUUUUGGGGAAAACUGCGACAAUUUACGAAGAAGACAAGCGCUGUCUUCAGCAAGAACUGGAAAGCAAGAGUCAGAAACUGCAGCGUGAGGCUUCUGACAAGCGUAGGCUGGAGGCACGGUUGCAAGGCGUGGUGACAGAAACAACCAUGAAAUGGGAGAAGGAGUGUNNNNGUCGUGUAGCUGCAAAGCAGCUGGAAAUGCAGAACAAACUUUGGGUCAAAGAUGAAAAACUGAAGCAACUGAAGGCCAUUGUUACCGAACCGAAAAACGAAAAGCCAGAGAGGCCUUCACGAGAGAGAGACAAGGAGAAGCCUGUUCAGAGAGCAGUGUCUCCUCCACCAGUACCUAACACCCCUCUCGUUCGCCUCAGACACAGACGCUCGCGCUCGGCUGGGGAGCGGUGGGUGGACCACAAACCACCCUCCAACCUACCCACCGAAACGGUGAUGCAGCCGCACGUCCCGCACGCCAUCACGGUGGCGGCUGCGAGCGAAAAGGCCCUGGCUAAGUGUGACAAGUACAUGCUGACACACCAGGAGUUGGCCUCUGACGGGGAGAUUGAGACAAAACUCAUCAAGGGCGACGUUUUCAAGACCAGGGGCGGUGGACAGGCAGUGCAGUUCACGGAAAUAGAGACUCUGAAGCAAGAAUCUCCAACUGGUCGAAAACGGAGAUCAUCCCCUGAUCCUGACCCACCUGAGGAUGCUGCAGACUCUGAAUGGACCGAUGUAGAAACCAGAUGUUCUGUGGCAGUGGAGAUGAGGGCAGGAUCGGCUCUUGGACCUGGGUACCAGCAUCAUGCUCAGCCUAA